AUGCACACACGCACACACUCAAUAACCUUCAACUUGGUCUGUUUGGCAGUCGCGAGAAGACAGCACGACGCCACCUUCAUCAUCAAUCGUCGAGUGGACGCGUUCGUCACUCCGCGCGGUGGCGGCACAUUGUCCAGACAAACAGGUUCAGGUUGGGUAGGACAAGAGAACAAGUUUGUCCGUCGACAUGCUCAGUCGAGCUGCACUCUUACUCAUUCUUUUUUUGAACGCGUCCACGUCUUCAACGCACGUCCAACUUUCCCAUGCACAAUUGUUCGGCUGUGCAGGCUUCAAAAAGUCUUUUCCCUUCGCAACGCGAAGCUGUUCGCGCUGGCUCCACGAGAUGUGCCCACACUCGCACUGUCGGCAGCGCAGCCGCACCACUUUGCCAAUCACCCCCCUCUCUUUGAUCCCACCCCAUGCAUGGGCUUCUCGCUUUUUGUA